GUAAUUGUGUACUAACAAUGAUCUACUACUGGGUUAAGUGCAAUUUAAAGUGUAAGUGCAAGUCCAAGUGUUGAUGUAGUUUGGAGCUAUGGUUGGUUCUUCUGCUCCCCAGCAGAUCGCCUUGAUUUGCCUUCUCAUGUCCUCGACCUUCUGCAUAUCUUCCACUGUCGACCAAGGUCGAGACUACUGGUAUGAGGAGGCUGGAAGGGCUCUGCACCAGAGGUUGCGAGGAUGGGGCUCCGCCCCCUUGGCGGACCGACCUAGCGCCCGCAAUAUCGUCCUCCUGGUAGGCGACGGUCUAGGGAUGACCACCACUACGGCUUCCAGGAUAUUCAAGGGCCAACGACAUGGAAUGAGUGGUGAGGAUUCCCACCUCUCCUGGGACAAGUUUCCAGCUGUCGCUCUAACCAAAACCUACAAUUUGGACGCACAAAUUGGGGAGUCGUCCGCUUGCGCUACGGCUUUGCUGUGCGGAGUCAAAACAAACUUCGAGACAGUGGGGUUGGAUGCUCGGGGGAGAUUUGAGGACUGCUACUCAUCCCUCCACUCAAAGGUUGACAGUUUGGUCGUCUGGGCGCAACAAGAGGGAAAGUCCACGGGUCUAGUGACCAAUACCCGGGUGUCCCAUGCGACACCGGCAGCCCUGUAUGCUCACUCGGCCAGCAGAUACUGGGAGGACGACAGCAAGAUUCCUCCUAGGACAAGGAAAACUUGCAAGGACAUCACCAGACAACUGAUAGAGGACAAACCCGGAGUCAAUAUGAAUGUGAUUUUGGGUGGUGGCAGAAGACACUGGCUGCCCAAAGUCGCUAGGGACCCUGAGCAGACACUGGAAGAGGGUCGUCGUCUGGACGGCAGAAACCUGAUAGACGAUUGGCUCAGGGACAAAAAGAAGAAGAAUCAGAGAGCAGAGUACGUCUGGAACAAACAGCAGUUGGACGCAGUAAGCGUUGCGUCCGUCGACUACCUGCUAGGUCUUUUCUCCUAUUCACACAUGGACUUUGAAGCUGAAAGAGACAAGAAGUCGACAGGAGAUCCCUCCUUAGCGGAAAUGACAGCAAAAGCUCUGAAAAUACUGUUAAAAAAUCCAAGAGGAUUCUUUCUCUUCGUAGAAAGUGGUAGGAUAGAUCACGCUCACCACUACAACAACCCUUACCGAGCUCUAGACGAGACCCUCUCACUGGACGAGGCCGUGAUGAUGGUCCUGUCCAUGGUCGACCCCUCGGACACCUUAGUCGUCGUCACAUCUGACCACUCCAAUGUCCUCACCCUGGGCGGCCUAGCCACGCCGCGGGGCAACCCUAUUCUUGGUACGGACACCAAGCCGUCAGACAUGGAUGGUCUGCCAUACUCCAGCCUGCUCUACGGCAACGGUCCCGGGUACACAAGUCCUCGGGCCAUCCCCUCCAACACUAGCGAAGAAGAGAGGAACGCUGUCCAUGGAGCGGCCGUCCCUCGCCAGUGGGCAACCCAUGGUGGCGAGGACGUACCCGUGUACGCUCAGGGUCCAUUAGCCAGGGAGUUGUUCAGCGGGACCGUGGACCAAAGCUACAUUCCCCACGCUAUAGCCUACAUAGCCUGCCUAGGUCAUCAAAAGUCCAGGUGUUCGGAGGUGAAAAACGAGACAAAGGAGUCGACAAGCUGUGCCGUUACCGAAGGACCCAAGAGUAGAUCUGGACUGGUUUUAGCCUCAAGUGUCAUGUCUGAUGACAACAAAGUAGCCUCCAAGAGUGCAAUCCACUAUUGUCGAGUCAUCAUAUCUACUUUACUUGUGAUAAUAUUAGUGUCAUAGACGCCAAAGCAAGAUCUCUGAAGAAGAAUCAGAAUCCGCAUAACGAAUUUCACUGUCAAAAACUUUGGCUUAUAGAUGUAACCAUCAUGACUUAAGGUCAAUUGUAAGGUGUUACUUCAAGGCGAAAAAAAUCCAGUGUUUCUUAUAUUACCAUUUGCCUCUCAUUAUUCUUUUAGUGAAUUGGAUUUUAUAGUUGCAGUUGAUGUUUAUUGUUUUAUUGAUAUGUGUUUAACAACAGAAUCCAAUCAUAUUUAUUUUUUACUUCUGAUUCAUAUACUCAACGUAUUUUUAACUUCAAAAGACAAAUUAGUUUUGGAAUA